AUUAAAAAAACACAUUUUAUAAAAGUACAAAAAGAACAAAAAUGAGAAAGAUAUUGGUAUCUAUAUAUUUCUGUAUGCUAUGUGUAACUCACAUCGUAUUUGGUGAUCUUUGCGUUCCAUCAAAACAUGAGAUUCUUGGGAAAACAGAAACCGUGAAAUCUUUAAAUCUACAAACGUUUCAACCACGCAACGCUACGUAUUUUCGCAGUUUUAUACUCGACGAAAAAUAUAAUCGACUGAUAGUUGGCGCGAGAGAUAAUGUUUUCUUUCUAAACGAUACAACCCUGGAUGAGCUGAACGUAUACGAAUGGGCGUCUUCCCAAGAUGAUCUAAGCACUUGUUUGAAAGAAAAGAACGAACAAAGACUGUGUCGGAAUUACGUACAAUUUUUAGCUAUCCAUAAAAACAAACUUGUAAUGUGUGGUACAAACUCCUUAUCACCGAGACAUCAAAUCCUCACAUUGAAUAACCUUACAGUCAAAGUUGACCAAGAAGAGAAGGAUAUAUGUGCUGCACCAUGUCCGGAUAAUACCGUAGUAGGUACGGUAACAAAGAGCGGAGAACUCAUCACUGCGACAUUCGCGGAUAAAACCAAUCGUUACCCGGAAAUCGUUAGUUCGUUUACUGUCGAGAAAGCUGCAGUAAAAAGAGCAGACUUGACAACGAGUACGUCCAAGAAUAGAAAUAUUUUGGACGAACCACAUUUCUUAUCCAGUAUACAUGCAAAUGAUAGUAUAUAUAUGUUCUUCAUGGAAAAUGCUGCCGAAAAUGAUAAUUUAAGAACAGCAACUGUUGCUCGUGUUUGUGAUACCGAUAAUGGUGGUAAUGAAUUUUUCGUGAAACACAUGUGGACAACGUUGCGGAAGCUGAGAUUAGUUUGCAGUAUAAAAGUCAACUCGCGUGAGGCGUAUGAGUACAAAAAUAUGGUUGAUGUUGCGUACGAUCGUACGAGAGAUGUCUUUUAUGGUGCUUUUACUAUGUACAGCAACAAAAAAUUGUCGUCAGCCAUAUGUACUUUUUCAAGGAAAGAUCUUGUCAACGCAUUCAAUGGUCGAUUCUUAAGUAAAAGUGGAAAUGUAUGGAAACCAGUAUCAAAUGGAGAUUUCUUAGAUGGGUGUACGAUUAAGCCUGACAAACUGGAAUCCGAUGUACUCAAAACAUCACCAGGAAAAGAACCAACGAACAGUCUCGAUAUACCGUCAAUAAAUGUCGCACUUCUGUACAACUUGAUGGAAACCAAAGUGUACUCAACACAAAGUGGAAUUUCCUUCAUGUAUCCUGCCACCAGUUUCAGCAAAUUCGCGUUUGACAUUAUAAAAACAAAUGGUAGUUCACAAAACAUGACCAUCUUCUAUAUUGCAACAGACGACGGCAGUGUAUUUGUAACCUACGAGAAUACCAUGUUGUCAACAACUUGUGUUAUUGAAGAGUUAAGAACCGAUUUAACAAAUGUUCAAAAAAUGUUUUUCAAUAAAAAACAGCGAAUUUUAUAUCUUUCGUCAGACGAAAAGUUGAUAAGCCUUGAUUUUAAAAGCUGUGGUCGUUACAAGUAUAAAAUGUCAUGUGUAGAAGCUCACAAUCCUUUAUGUGGAUGGGACGAAAGAAAGCAAAUGUGUUUAUCUACAUCUCUCCCAUCAAACUUAACGCAGGACUUAUCAGCUUGCCCAAAAAGAACAGAAUAUUGGGGUGGUUGGUCCAAUUGGGAAGCUUGCGAACAAACCAACACAAACAAAUAUUGUUUAUGUCGUAAAAGAAACUGCUUGUCUUGUGACAAAAUUCUUUGCAAAGGAGAAGAUUUAAUGCAAGUCGCCAACUGCACUGCUACACCUGUCAGUAACGUUCAAGCAUGGUUAAAAACAGGAGCUGUAGAUGGUCACUGGUCAGCAUGGGGAUCCUGGUUACCUUGCCAUACAGGUUUGUGUGGUAAAGAAACAACAACAAGAAAACGUUCAUGUACUUCACCAUCGCCGACGAAUGGUGGGAAAGAAUGCUCUGGAGCUUCGUUUGAAUGUAAAUCUUGCGCCAAGAAGCCAGAACCUUGCUUUUUAACACUGAGCACUUGGUCAAAAUGGGGAGCAUGUGCUAAGAUGAACGAAGAAAAAUAUUUUCAAACGCGCACACGUUCAUGCAGUCGAUUGUCUGGAUGCAAUGGUGUUUUAUCUGAAAGAAGGCAUUGUGCACCAAAAGGAAUAAUUUGGGGAGAAUGGAGCAAAUGUAGUUGUUUUUACAAAGUUCAACAUCGCUUGCCAUUGUUCAUUGCUGGCUGUGUCGAUUGUCCACAGCUUCAAGAGGCACAGUAUCAGAGAUGCACACCUCAAAACUGUGUCGUACCAACUAUAAGACCAUCGAGACAAAACUCAACAGGUAACAAUGUUGAAAAUAUCACAACGACCACCAUACCGUUACCCACACCGGAAACCAAUGAGAGAUUCCAAUGCAAUCGAGAUGGUAUUGUGAUCAAGCUACAUUCUUUGCUUAUUGGAAUAAUUGUCCCUUGUGUAUUAAUCAUAAUAAUCGGUAUAGUAGUAGUCAUUCUUGUGAGAAGAAAACAGGGCCAGUUUAAAGUUAAAGAAGACAAACAAGAAUUGGCUUUAGAAUAUGAACUAGGAGGUCCUGAUUUGAUACGAAAUCAAGGUGUGCCUCAAUCACCAAAUGAUAAAAAGAUGUUUGAUGAAGAUGGGAUGUCUUUCAGGCCUAAUGGAAAACUAUAUAAUAAAGAAAUUGAUGAACCAUUACUGCAAAGUACAAGCAGUGUAUAGCCAUAUAAUACCUUUGAUGGGAAGGUAAGAUGCCUGGAAUGGCAAUUCAGAGCAUCCAUAUUGGCUUCGCAAUCUUCUUAUCUUUAAAAAGAUCUGAGAAUGUUAACAUCUGAGCUGCUGGAUAGAAUCCAAUUGUUCGUAUAAAAAACAAAAAACCGAAGAAACAUACAGAUCCAACGGAAAAAGUAAUUUGCUUGCGAAAUCCGUUUUUGCGAGUAACUGGAAAAUUUGUAAGAUCAUAAAGGUGAAAGUGGCUCUACCUACCUUUUCACCUUUAUGGUAAAAUACAAUUUAACAUACUUCAAUGAAGACAUGAUUUAUGCUAAAAUUCACAACAUUUGAAAAAUUUCUUAUGACGCACUUAUGAACCUCCUAUGGAGUGUUAACUUGAUAUGAAGAAAGGACGAGAUAUUUUUUUCCUGGAAGCAAAAUAUUUGCAAAAUUCAUAUUAUUUUGCAAAUCUUAAAAAAAUUAAUUUUAUUUUUAUACAAUAUAUGCUCUUUUGUGGAUAUUCAUAAGUUUAAUUGUAAAUAUAAUUUAUAUAAAUAAUUUUUUCUUAAUAAAUAUCUUCCAAGGAUACAUAAUUCUUUAGCACCAGUGA